AUGUCUUCUUCCGACAGCAACUUUGGCACUACUGUCAGCGGCCUGGCGUGCCUCAAUAACAAUUAUAACAGGGACUUCCGCUCCUUUCGCAACGGCCUUGACCCCGGCAGCAACAAGCCCGGCAAUACCCAAGCCCUGCUUAUCUUCAACACCUUGGAAGAGGCACUGCAGAUGAUCGACCAGAAGUGUAUGCGACUGCAAACGGAAGUCGCCACAGGCGACGCCCUGAACCAGAACCUUCGAGACCAGCUAGCUCAGACCAAAGGCCAAGUGGCUGCGUACGAAGGCGGUAUCGGCAACCUCACCAGGUCCUUCGAACAGGGCAUCCAGGGCAUCGGCAGUGGAGGGGGCCACGGUCCCUCUUCACUGGUGUCCGACCCUGACAAGUUUGGCGGCGACAAGAAGGAUGACAAGAAGCGCCGAUGUGAGUACCGAGCCUGGCAGGGCGGUGCCCGCCUCAAGAUCAACGUUGAGAAAAAGAAGUACUCGACUAAAUACAGCAAGAUCCUGUACGCUGUCUCUCGCCUGGGCGGCGGUGCCAGGGUAGCCGUGGACUCAUACUUGGCGAAUAUCUACAACUACCCGGAGGAGCCGCAUCGGUGGGAAUGGAAGGACGCGGAUACCCUCUUUGAUUGGCUGGAGCGCGCGUAUGACUCCCACGACCGGUCUGGCGAUGCCAGCCGCGAGAUGGAUAAUUUGAAGCAGAAGAACUCCGCCUUCAGCGUCUUCCUCUCGGAGUUCUUGGUCCUUGUAGCCGACCUGGGUCUCGAUAACAAGGCAAAGAUAGAGAAGCUAAAAAAGAAAGUCAACAACGAGAAAUUCAACAACGAGCUUCAAUCAGCGAUGAUCAAGAAUAUCGCGGACUAUGCGCACCACACGGGGAACAAGAACCUGUUCUCUAACAACCCGUUUAACAAGGACAAGGACAAGAAAGACGGCAACAACAACAAUAACAACAACCAGAACCAGCACCCCCCACAAGCAUAA